CUAAGAUUAAUUUUUUGUCGGUUGUGGCAAUGGGAUCGAAGAGAAGUGUUACGUUCCUUCUAUGAUGUACAUUUAAAAAAAAGUCUUCCAGCGUAUUCAAUAUGGACAACGGCAGAAUCGAAAUAUGCGUGCAUGAGGGAAAGUUAAUUGGUAUCGUAGAGAAAUGUGUCUACGGCAAUGACUACGUCGCCUUUCGAGGAAUACCAUACGCGAAACCGCCGAUUGGAGAACUUAGAUUCAAAGAUCCGGUACCAGCGGAACCAUGGUCCGGUGAUAGAGACGCUUCGAAGCACGGAAACGUCGCCGUCCAAAUAGAUCUGUUCACACACAAAGUUGAAGGCGAUGAAGAUUGUCUUUAUUUAAAUGUGUACACGACGAAAAUCGAACCCUCGAAGAAACGCGCGGUUAUGGUGUGGAUACACGGCGGUGGCAAUUAUAAGGGUUCCGGAGAUGCAUCCUUGUAUGGCCCCGAUUAUAUCGUGAAUAAAGAUGUAGUUUUGGUCACCUUGAAUUAUAGACUAGGCGUUCUAGGUUUCCUAAACCUUAAAGAUGAGGUGGCAACGGGCAAUCAAGGUUUGAAGGAUAUAAUCAUGGCAUUACGAUGGGUCCAGAAAAAUAUAUCAAAGUUCGGUGGAGAUCCAGAAAAUGUCACUAUCUUCGGUGAAAGUGCUGGUGGAACUUUGGUACAUUGUUUAACUCUGUCUCCAUUAGCUAAAGAUUUAUUUCAUAAAGCGAUAUCGCAAAGCGGUGUCCUUAAUCCAAUGAGGUGGUCUUUUACCGAACAUCAACCACAUUCGAUGAAUAAAGGUUUUCGGCUCGCUGAGAAAUUUGGAAAAGCGACCACGGAUCCGAAAGUCGCUUAUGAGCUUCUCAAAACAAUCGAUGCGAAAAAGCUUAUAGAGACUGAACAAAAGUUUCUCUUGACAGAAACAGAGCGUAAACAAUCGAUAUCAUUACCCUCUUUGGAUCACGAAUCAUCGAAUCCAGUUUUUCCGGAAGAUCUAGAGACGUUAUUGUGCCGCGGAGUUGAAGUACCAUUUCUUGUAGGUUUUACCAGUCACGAGGGAUCUUUUAUUAUAAGCAGUAACUUUUACGGACACAUAAGCAAAGAAGAUUUUAAAACAAUUAAUUCCGAUUUCAAGAGCACCUUAUCGCCCGGAUGUUUAUCAAAAAUAUCAAAAAUGUCAAUCACAGUCGAGGAAUUGCGAUCUUUAUAUUUCGGUGAUAAAGCACUGUCAGAAGAAACUCUAAUGAAUUACGUUGAUUUUCUCAGUGACGUAUUCUUCUGUCGCAGUAUAAUGGAAGUAGUGGAUAUUCAGACAAAAUUGAAUAAUUAUAAUAACAAAGCGACGUAUCUGUAUCAAUUUUCAUACGAGAGUGAAACUUCUCCCAUGAGAAAAAUAUUUGAUAUUCGGAUUCCAGGUGUGUCUCAUUCGGAGGAUCUGGGGUAUUUGUUUUAUUCUAGUAUAAUGAAAAAUUUCGGCUUGUCACCACUUGCAGUUGAUUCAGAAGACUAUAAGAUGAUGAAUGGUUUAACGCAAAUGUGGACAGAUUUUGCUAAAACAGGGAACCCAACGCCUAUUACAAAUUUCUGGUUGCCGGUGACCGGUUCACAAAGCGGAAAAUACAAUUACCUGAAUAUCGAUACAAAUUCGCAAAUGAAAAUCUUUUCUAAAGGAGAAGAAAGAUGGGAUUGGGAAGAGAAGAAGAAUAAGUUAUAGCGCUAAAAUUUUAUCUACGUUAACAUUUUU